GUUGUUGAUAUCCUGGGGCCACCCGAGUUAAAAGGGGGGAAAUAAAGAAAUCCGGGGGCUGCCGCCGCCGCCGCUGAUCCUGGCCCGAGCCGGGGGGAUCCCUCGCGCCUCCUCCUAGUCGCCGUUAGUCUCGGGGAGCAGCGGCUCGGGCGCCUCGCUUCUCCCCACCCCAGCCCAGGGAAGAGGGCGCCGCCAGGUCCAGGGGAGCCCGGACCAGCCCCCUCUCUCUCUCGCUACCCAUGAGGCCCUGAUGGAAGAAAACACAAAGGAACGGGAUUCCUAGCUUUCUUCUGAAGAACUGAAAGCCCACUCAUGUGAAUUAUUUUAUUUUAUCAUACAUCUUUCCUGUAUGAGAAAGAAUAAAGGCUUUUCUGUUUAGGCCAGUGCAUUGCAUCACUGUGCCAGACUCUGCUUUUCAUCCAGAUGGAAUAAGAAGAGAUCAGUAAGAGACUGAGCAUUCUUCACAAUCUGAAAGGAUCAGAAGAGAUUCGUUCGGGAUGUUUGACGGUUAUGAUAGCUGCAGUGAGGACACAAGUAGCAGCUCUAGCUCUGAAGAGAGUGAAGAAGAAGUUGCCCCUUUACCUUCUAAUCUCCCAAUUAUCAAAAACAAUGGGCAAGUCUACACAUAUCCAGAUGGUAAAUCUGGCAUGGCUACCUGUGAAAUGUGUGGGAUGGUUGGCGUGCGAGAUGCUUUCUACUCUAAAACAAAGCGUUUCUGCAGUGUUUCAUGUUCAAGAAGUUACUCGUCAAAUUCCAAGAAGGCAAGCAUUUUGGCCAGACUUCAGGGUAAGCCUCCAACAAAGAAAGCAAAAGUUCUUCAGAAACAACCUUUAGUUGCUAAACUAGCUGCAUAUGCUCAGUAUCAAGCUACCUUGCAAAAUCAAGCAAAGACUAAAGCAGCAGCAGUCUCUAUGGAAGGUUUCAGCUGGGGUAACUACAUCAAUAGCAAUAGCUUUAUAGCCGCUCCAGUUACGUGCUUUAAACAUGCACCUAUGGGGACCUGCUGGGGUGAUAUCUCUGAAAAUGUGAGAGUAGAAGUUCCCAAUACAGACUGCAGCCUACCUACCAAAGUCUUCUGGAUUGCUGGAAUUGUAAAAUUAGCAGGUUACAAUGCCCUUUUAAGAUAUGAAGGAUUUGAAAAUGACUCUGGUCUGGACUUCUGGUGCAAUAUAUGUGGUUCCGAUAUUCAUCCAGUUGGUUGGUGUGCAGCCAGUGGAAAACCUCUUGUCCCUCCCAGAACUAUUCAGCAUAAAUAUACGAACUGGAAGGCUUUUCUAGUGAAACGACUUACUGGUGCCAAAACACUUCCUCCUGAUUUCUCUCAAAAGGUUUCAGAGAGUAUGCAGUAUCCUUUCAAACCUUGCAUGAGAGUCGAAGUGGUUGACAAGAGGCAUUUGUGUCGAACACGAGUGGCAGUGGUGGAAAGUGUAAUUGGAGGAAGAUUAAGAUUAGUGUAUGAAGAGAGUGAAGAUAGAACAGAUGACUUUUGGUGCCAUAUGCACAGCCCAUUAAUUCAUCAUAUCGGCUGGUCUCGAAGCAUAGGCCAUCGAUUCAAAAGAUCUGAUAUUACAAAGAAACAGGAUGGACAUUUUGAUACUCCACCACAUUUAUUUGCUAAGGUAAAAGAAGUAGACCAGAGUGGAGAGUGGUUCAAGGAAGGCAUGAAAUUGGAAGCUAUAGACCCAUUAAAUCUUUCUACAAUAUGUGUUGCAACUAUUAGAAAGGUGCUGGCUGACGGAUUCCUGAUGAUUGGGAUCGAUGGCUCAGAAGCAGCAGAUGGAUCUGACUGGUUCUGUUAUCAUGCGACCUCUCCUUCUAUUUUCCCCGUUGGUUUCUGUGAAAUUAACAUGAUUGAACUUACUCCACCCAGAGGUUAUACAAAACUUCCUUUUAAAUGGUUUGACUACCUCAGGGAAACUGGCUCCAUUGCAGCACCAGUAAAACUAUUUAAUAAGGAUGUUCCAAAUCACGGAUUCCGUGUCGGAAUGAAAUUAGAAGCAGUAGAUCUCAUGGAGCCACGAUUAAUAUGUGUAGCCACAGUAACUCGAAUCAUUCAUCGUCUCUUGAGGAUACAUUUUGAUGGAUGGGAAGAAGAGUAUGAUCAGUGGGUAGACUGUGAGUCUCCUGACCUCUAUCCUGUAGGGUGGUGUCAAUUAACUGGAUAUCAACUACAGCCUCCAGCAUCACAGUCUUCAAGAGAAAGUCAAUCAGGUUCAUCCAAACAGAAGAAAAAGGCUAAGUCCCAGCAGUAUAAAGGACAUAAGAAAAUGACUACAUUGCAGCUGAAGGAAGAGUUGAUAGAUGGAGAGGAUUACCAUUUCCUCCAAGGAGCAUCUGAUCAGGAAAGCAAUGGCUCUGCUAACUUCUACAUCAAACAAGAGCCCUGAGGUGGCUCAGAAACUGAGGGCGGGCGGGGAGAAUUUUACACAGGGCUGAUUUAUAAUCAAUCCGGCUGUACAGUGGGGCUAUUCUACUGGGACAUUUUGCUAAACAUAGAAAAUUUCAGUUCCAGAUUUUUCAGGUGGGUGGGGAAACUAUUUUAGUCGUGGGGAGAAAAUUUUUCAAUUUAUAAAAGAUGGACAAUUUUUUGUGUUGUAUUUGAAGCUUUUGAAAGAAUUUUGUAAUAUUUUCCAAGUUUGGAUUUAUGUGCAUUGUUAACAAGAACUGAAAUUCUAACUUUUUUGGUAAGAUUAAAGUUUAGGUAGCAGGAUUGAAGGAAAUGAUUUAAGAAAAGGAUAUAGUUGUAAAUGCAAAUGAACUGUCAUUACAAAUGAACCUUUUUGGUACCUGUUGGGAGACUUGGGGAUUUUAGAAGUUAGGCCAGUCACAUUUCCAGCUUUCUUUGCUGCAGAAAUAUGCAACUGAACCCCCUCAUUGAGGGUUUAUCACCACAUACAUCAUGGAAGGGUUAAUUAAUGUUUAUCAGCAUUUUUAUUGCAGCCCACUUUGUUUGUACAGAAAUGUUUUUUCAUUCUGUGAAAAUUUAUUUGGAGUUCUGAAAGUAAAAGAACUCUAGAUACUUUUAUAUUCUUUUAAUGAAAAAAAAAAAAGGUUAAAAAUUAUCCUAACACUAAAGUGUUAAACUGGAAUGGUUGACAAGAUAUACAGGAUCUCAGUGUACAUGUUGAGGGGUUAGGGAAAAUGCUAUAUUGUCCUGAGUUUCUUUUAUUUUCCUUAGUUAAAAAUACCCUCACUGAAGGGAUUCUGAUCAGUUCUCUGCCAUUUAUCUCCAUCUGUGAGAUAAAUAGUUGGUGUAAUCACACACCCCAAAACAGAUGUUCUAUAUUACCAGAAGAAUCAAAAGUUGGUUAAAACCAAAGUAAGUUUAGAUUUCGAAAUCAUUCCAUCUCUGCUUUUAACUACCCCAGAUUUGUUAGGAAACUUAAUUUGAAAGAGAAUUUAAUUUUCUUACAAUACCACAUGUAUGAAUAGUCUCUAAUUGUAUUCAGAAUUAAUUUUAACAACAAAUUUGGACCAUUGUGAACAUUCCCUAUUUUAAAAUUUGAUGGCUUUUUUUUUUUUAAUGGAAUAGGAUGUAAGGGUAAAUUGGUGAAAGGUUUGCUCUCUGCAUUUUCUAACUUUCUGAGUUGUGACUGAAUGAGAGAGCUCUAGCGUUUACCAGUGAGGUUCAUAAACUAAACUCUCAGGAAUUAAUUGCAUCUGUUCUAGAAGUGCUUCUGGGUCUUAGCCUGGCCUCUUCAGAGUGGCAUAUUGACCAUCUCCUCUGGAAUAUAGGUAGGGCUAAUUAGAAAUUAAUCAAAAUGAUUAACCUCUACAGUCCUUCAGCCUAUGGAAUGCUUUAAAAAUAUAUUAAUGGAAAGCCCCAGGAGACCAGUUUAGGUAAGAUUUUUGUUUGAAUUUUAAAAUGCAUAGAACGUUAAAAACCAGCAAUUUAUUUUCUAAACUAUUGCUCUACUUUGGGAAUAAUAGCAUUGGUAAUACGCACAGGUUUACCUCAUUCUAUGCAAGAGGGGUUCAUAACAUAAGGUUUUGUAGUUGCUACUGGAAGUAAAAUUUGUUACUUUAUAGUGUAAGAACGUAUGGAAUCGCAUGAUAACAUUUCUUAAUACUCUUUAGGGACAUAAACACAGAUCAUAUCAACGCCAAGUUGAUUCUCAUGUGUCAAAUAUAUGUGAAUUCAACCGUUAAGUUACUGGAUAUUUAUCUUAUACAACAGUACUGAGAGGGACCUACUCUAAAUGUGACAUCCUCACACUUCCCCGAUCUUUUUUCUAUAAUCUCCUAUAAACUUAGAAGACUUCCAAAGCAAGGGUUACAGUAGUCUUUUUUCUCAGGCUCAGUUGAUCAAACCCAGGACUCUAAUAUCUAUGACUUAUGCACAUGAAGCCAGGUGUUCAGCAGACUCUACCAAUCCCUUGGACUUGAAGCUCAAUAAGAAACUGCAUAAACCAGGAGGGAUUAGAUUUGGAGCCUGGUAGUUAUGUGAAACGCUUGCUCGUUUGAAACCAGGUUUUGUAAGCUUCCAAUUCUGUAGCAAAACCAGGCUCUGCGAGUAUUCUUAAUUUCCCAGCUAUUCAAGAGUUGUUUCUUGUCUUGAUCUCAUGACCAGCAGCUAAAGGUUGGUAAGGACUUCCUACCGUCUGAGUACAAUCUGAAGCCCUCUCUGUUCACAUUCUAGCCUCCUGCUGCUGCUGAACAGAAAGUAAAUUACUGCAGAGAUUUAUGUCUUAGCCAUAACUACAGCUGUCCAACUCAGUCGCCCCUUUCUCUUUCACAGUUAUUCAAAAUGUACUGCUGACUUUGGGUUUGGUUGUUUUUCUUUCCCUAUUAGAAUUAUUUGGGGAUUUUUGGUAGUUUAAACUCCUUAACCUUUUCCUUGCUAUGUAUGAGGAAAGCUGAAGCUGUUAUCAACUUCUUAUUCUACGGAUACUAACACGGGUUUUCAGUGUUUGUUUGUUUUUAUUAUUAUUAUUAUUAUUUUGCGUGAUGUGAAUACCCUUUCCCAUCAAUAUUUGUAUUAUGGUGCUAUAUAUUUGGUAAUGAUCCUUUACUAUUGGGAAGGGAUUUUAAAAAUACUGUGAUUAAACUGGGUUUCUUCCUUUGAUUUUCAUACUUUAAAUAAAGCCACAGUCAUUUAUACACAAGAAAAGUAUCUGUCCCUGGGCAAAUCUUUUGAGGACAGAGGUCAAAGUAAACUGCAUAAGGUUUUUACAUCAUUUCUGUAUGUAUUUGAUAUAUAGAUCAAUAUCUGUACAAACUUAAUCUUUUAUUUUCUGGGUAACUUGUGAUCAUUGAGAAAGUCUGAAACUUUCUCAUGAAGUGUAUAUAACGACGUGAAAAUUUCAUUCAGAGAAAUUUAUGUUCCUUUCAUUUUUACCAAAUUGCAGUUUUCAGCAUGGAUGUGAAAAGCAUUAAAAUUAUAACUUUGUGUACAAGAUGAAAAUAAUUCACUAAAUUUGCCCUUUUUUUACACAAAAUAAAACGUUAAAGUU